AUGGAGCUACCCACAUUGCUCAAGCUUCUAAAAUCAUUAAAAGAAGUUGACUUGUUCAAAGGAGGUAUUACUUCGUUGCGGCAAGUUAUAAAAGAUAUUGGCUUUGUUUACAAAAAAGUUAACAAAAGGAAGAUUAUCAUGGAGAGGACUGACAUUGCCCUAGCAAGAUGUACAUUUUUAAGGAAGGCUAAAAACAUAAGUGAUUGGAGCAAAGUUGUCUUUUUGGAUGAAACGUGGCUAAACGCCAACCACACAGUGGCUAAAAGUUGGACCGACGAUACGGCACAAUCGAGUACCAAAGUACCGGAGGGCAAAGGCGAACGCCUUAUUAUUUGUCACGCAGGUACAGCAAGUGGAUUCGUCCCUAAUUGUUUGCUGGCUUUUAAGUCAAAAAAAACUACGGAGUAUCAUGAGGAGAUGAACUACGAAAAAAUUAAAGAUUGGUUCAUAGGUCUAUUAAAUAAUUUAAAAGAGCCUAUGACCAUAAUAAUGGACAACGCACCCUACCAUUCGGUACAAGUUAAUAAACCCCCAAACCAAUCCAACCGCAAAAGCGAGUUGGUGAAGUGGCUGAGUGAAAACGGAGUUACAGCGGAUAUAAAAAUGUUAAAGACGGAGCUUAUUGCCUUAAUCCGGCGUCAUAAGCCACCAACUCCUACCUAUGCUCUGGACGAGAUAGCAAAAGAAAAAGGCCACCAGGUCCUUCGACUACCACCCUACCAUUGCCAGUAUAAUGCUAUUGAGCUGAUUUGGGCUCAAUAA